AUGACAACAGUAAAUGAAUCAAAACAAUGUUCAAUUUGUAAUAAACCUAUAGCUAAAUCUUUUUGUAUUGGAUGUAAAAAAUAUUUUUGUCGAAAAGAUUUUAAAGAACAUGAACAACAAUUAUCAAUAAAAUUCGAUAAUGAAAUUGUAAGAUCACAUGAUGAACUUCUUGAUCGAAUAUAUAAGUUGGAAAAAUCAAAUAAUUUAUCAUUGGAUCUUUUCGAUCAGAUCGAACAAUGGAAAAAAACAACAAUCAACAAAACAAAUCAAGCAGCAGAAAAAAAUUUCAGAGUAAAUUUGCAUGUCAAUACAAAAUGGAUCCAGAAUAGUAUCACUGUUGCGGGUAAUAAUGAACGUGGUUAUGGAUUGAAUCAGCUGGGCAAACCAUGGGGUUUAUGUAUUGCAGAUGAUCAAACUAUCUAUAUUGCUGAUUCGUCGAAUCAUCGUAUUAUGGAAUGA